UGGGACCAGACUAGUGAAGAUAUUUCAAACUUACAGGCACAAUCGUUUUGGACUCAGGGAAACAGAUGCACGAUUUAAGAUGUGUCUUGCGUCGGUGUGUUGAUUAUUUCGUCUGGGUUCCUUGGAAUCAUGGUUGAGCCAAUACAAUGGGCCACAGUUGUGGUGAUUCAUCCAGGAUCCUACUGGUUACGGAUUGGCCGUGCAACAGACGCUCUACCUGUUACUAUCCCACAAGUCAUUGCAAGAAGACAGAAGGAUCGGUCCAUCCUACCGAAAUAUGAAGACUCAGUUCUCAUCAGGGAUGGUAUAUUUCAUCCUAAUAGUGAGACUCAGCAAGAACAUACUCUCAAGAUGGUGGAGCAAGCCAUCUGGUCUCGUAAGACGUCUCAGGGUCAGCGUAGACAAAGUGUUCCUGCUGCAGAGGUGACUGGUUUCAACCGUGCAGUCAAAUCACAGCCAAUAGAUGACAAUUCAGGUAUGCAGUGGAGUGACACAUCUAGCAAACCAGAGUUCAUCAUUGGUGAAGAGGCUUUAUAUCUGGAACCUAACGAUGGUUUCAACAUUCAUUGGCCAAUCAGACGAGGCGGGCUCAACCUUCACUGUGGUGUUGGAGGGUCACUGACAAGCGUGCUGCAAGACUUGGAGACCGUCUGGGGCAUGACCUUACAACAGAAACUGAACAUACCCCUCAAAGACCUGAAACAUUAUCGAGCUGUCCUGAUCAUACCAGAUAUCUAUCAUCGUCCUCAUGUCAAAGAACUCAUGAACCUUUUAUUGCUUAGGAUGGGCUUUGGGGCUGCUAUUGUCCAUCAGGAGUCAGUGUUAGCUACCUACGGAAGCGGUCUUAGCAGUGCUUGUGUUGUGGAUGUUGGCGACCAAAAGACCAGUGUCUGUUGUGUUGAAGAUGGCUUGUCCCAUAGAAACACAAGGUUGUGUAUGACAUAUGGUGGGAGUGAUGUCACCCGUUGUUUCACAUGGCUGUUAGAGAGAGCUUUCUUCCCUUACCAAGAGUGCCAACCAGCCAAGACAAUGGAUGCUCUUCUCCUUCUGGAACUCAAAGAAACAUUCUGCCAUCUGGAUCAAGACUUGGAUGGAGUGCAGUUACUAGACUUCCACGUCCGUUAUCCCAACCAGCCCACCCUUAUGUAUCAGCUCAAGCUGGGCGACGAGACCCUUCAGGCACCCAUGGGGCUCUUCUAUCCGUUAAUAUUUGGCAUCAUCGGAGAGAAGAUGACCUACACGCAGCAAAGGAAUCAAGGUGACUCGGAAGAUGUUCAUGAUGAACUGUACUUACUUCAGACACAGAAAGAGCAGCAACAGUCAACCAAGAAAUCAGGCUCUGCCACCAACUCAGAUUCCACCAAUCAGAAUGCAGAUGGUAUCAUGACAUCAUCAGGGAGUCAAUUGUCCACUUCACCUACCAGCCAAUCACAGAGUGAUCUGAUUCAAGCAGAGGAAGCUCCUCCCCCAACCAUCUCCAGACGAAUCUCCACCUCUCAGUCAUUAGACAAGCCUCUAGGAGUGGACCAGGCUAUACUUCACAGUAUUGACUGUUGCUCAUCUGAUGAAACCAAAAAGAAGAUGUAUAGCUGUAUCUUGGUAGUUGGAGGAGGGCUGAGUCAUUUCCAAGGGGCGUCAGAUAUGUUACAGCAUCGUGUACAAACUAAGAUGCCACCGUCAUUUCGUAAGGUAGUGGACAAAGUGGAAGUCAUCUGUAAAUCCAAGGAUCUUGACCCACGGAUGACGUGUUGGAAGGGGGGCACAGUCUUAGCAUGCCUGGACACUGCACAAGAGUUGUGGAUUAGACAGAGAGAAUGGAAGACACAUGGACUCAAGGUGUUGAGGGAACGCUCACCCUUCGUCUGGUAGCAGCAUUAUGCGUAGAUUUCAUUUUCUAACUUUACCAAGCAUUUAUCCAGGGUUUGUGAACCCUGCAAAACUUGGAGAAGGAAGUCCUGCUAAAGAUGGAGCCAGAAAUGAGUUUGAAAAUUCCCCCCUCCAAAAAAAGACAACUCAUAUUUGGAAUUUCAUUGUUACCUAUCCUGUGUGAGGAUUUGGGGCACUUUGGAGGUGAUGAAGUCCUUCAGAAAAACUUUAGAAUUUGGUCCAUAUAUCCUGGAGAAGCCUUAACAGAGUUGAAUGUCAAUCCAAGGGAUUAAAGCUGAAGAUGCAGUGGAAGUAAAACCAGAGAUGACAAGUGCUUGGCAAGGAGCAUAAGUGGGUUAUUUGAUUCUGCAUAUAUGUACCUGUUAGGUAUUUAUUGUAAAGUACCCAUUCACUCUUAGUUAUAAAUAGAUAAUCCAUUAAGCCCCGCCCAUUAUUUUGGACCAAUCACAGUCAGGAUUUAUGUUUAACAUGCGUGCACAAAAGUCUGAAAUGUAUGCAUAUGCUUAUGAUGCGCGCUGCUGAAACAUGUAGUGUGGCGUUGGAGAACACGUGCUAUGUGCCCACAUGUACAGAGGGCAGAGCUUACUGGAUCAGUCUGCUGCAAAAUAUGAAUGGGUGCAUGGACUGUGCAUUUUUGUAUAGUUUUUAUAUGUUGGAACUUUGGCCAGGUUUGAACAACGGCAAAGUGCAUUUUUGAAUAAAUGUUUGCCACUUGAGAGGUACAGCCUUAGUGAUAUUCAUGAA